UAACAUUUGAAGGAAUCUUUUGUCUCGUGUUGCUGUCUGGUGCAGCUAGCUGGUCAGCUUCAUUUGUCUCGUAGAGCAAAUAGCUAGCUGACUAACAUAACGUUAGUAUUAAAAUUAUAUGAAAUUACCCCGGAACGAAAGCGAGUAAAGAAUGAGAAGAGUUACCUUGUUUGUUAACGGGACAUCUAAAAAUGGCAAGGUUGUAGCAGUGUAUGGGACCUUGUCUGACUUGCUGUCCGUAGCAAGCAAUAAGCUGGGAAUCAAAGCGUCCUGUUUAUACAAUGCAAAGGGUGGACUUAUAGAUGAUAUUGCCCUAAUUCGAGAUGAUGACGUGCUGUAUGUGUCCGAAGGAGAGCCAUUCAUUGACCCUCAAAAUGAAGCCAAAGCUACAUCUGAGCAGCAUGGAGGCCACACUGACUGGCUAACCCUUAAUAUUGGUGGGCGUCUCUUCACCACCACCAGGAGCACCUUGGUCAGCAAGGAGCCAGAGAGUAUGCUCGCUCACAUGUUCCGUGAGAAAGAUGUGUGGGGAAACAAGCAGGACGAGCAUGGGGCUUAUUUAAUCGACCGCAGCCCUGAAUACUUUGAGCCUAUUCUCAACUACUUGAGACAUGGUCAGCUCAUUAUUAAUGAGGGCAUAAAUAUACGAGGAGUCCUCGAGGAGGCUCGGUUCUUUGGAAUUGAGCAGCUGGCUGAGCAGCUGGAAGUAGCAAUCAAGAACUCACAACCACCUGAGGACCACUCUCCCAUUUCCCGAAAGGAGUUUGUCCGUUUUCUUUUGGCAACGCCCACCAAGUCAGAGCUCCGCUGUCAGGGACUCAAUUUCAGUGGUGCUGAUCUGUCCCGACUUGAUCUGCGCUAUAUCAAUUUCAAGAUGGCUAAUCUCAGUCGCUGCAAUCUCUCCCAUGCUAACCUGUGCUGUUCCAAUCUAGAGCGGGCUGACCUCUCUGGAGCCAAUCUGGAUGGGGCUAACUUACAAGGAGUGAAGAUGCUUUGUUCCAAUGCUGAGGGAGCUUCCCUCAAAGGAUGCAACUUUGAAGAUCCAUCUGGACUGAAGGCCAAUUUAGAAGGUGCAAACCUGAAAGGAGUGGACAUGGAAGGAAGCCAAAUGACCGGUAUCAACCUGCGUGUGGCCACUCUGAAAAAUGCAAAGCUGAAGAACUGUAACCUGCGGGGGGCCACUUUAGCAGGGACGGAUCUCGAGAACUGCGACCUGUCUGGCUGUGAUCUACAAGAGGCCAACCUGAGAGGGUCGAAUGUUAAAGGAGCCAUUUUUGAAGAGAUGCUGACCCCUUUGCACAUGUCACAAAGUGUUAGAUAACUCUCCCCACACACACCUGCACAUCCAGCGGGCUUCUUUCUUGCUCUUUCUCCAGCCUAUCUUAUAGUAUACUCCAUCUUUUAGUCUUUCUUUACCUGAGUGUGGUGCAGGUAAUUGUAUGCACAUCCCUGGCAUUCCACCAAUAUUGUGUUAGCUUUAAAAAAUCUUGCACUAGAUUUUACCCAGGGUUGCCAGUGUUGUGGUUUAUUAAUGUUCAGCUGCAUAUAUCACCAAAUCAAAGUAAUGUUUUUAGUGUGUGCGUGUUGUGUCUGGUUGUACUCCAGUGUUUAUACUCAUUUUAUGUUUUGCAUAAUUAAUAUUUACUUCAUAGUACUUGACAUGUUAAGAGUUCAAAUCCAAUUACCCACAAGCAGUAAAGCUAAGCUUCACUGAAUGCUGCUGUAGCAGAAAUAGAAGGGGCUACUUUACCAAUUACUGUGUUCAUAGACAACAUAUCUCUCCUUGAAUAUUUAACUUCAUUUUGCUAGAUUUAACAAGCAAUGCAAGCCAAAGCCAUACAGUACAAUUACAGUCUAAAAGACUCCAAGUGCUGUAAAACUAUGCUACAGGCGACUUCGAAAGAGCUUGAGUAUGCAAUACAUGAUGAAGAGCUGCAGGGUUUCUCUUUUCCUACUUUAAGAAGUUGCUUCCUUUGUUUUGUGCUCUGUGAAUCUACCUCUUUUAUUAAUCCAGUGUUUAAGUGAUCCACAGUUGCAUGCAAUUGAACGAACCACAUAUAUGUAUGUCAUCCGUUAUUCCUUAGAUUCCUGUGAGAAGAUAUUUCAGCGCUUUAACAGGAAGCCAUUUUCAUGUGUUCAAAUUGAUAAUGACUUCCUCACGCAUUUCACUUAAUCAUGCUUUAAAGUUAUUUGCACAUUUUUAUGUUACAUGGUAUAAACUUUCACCAAAAAUGCUUGGUGCUUUUUCUUAUGUACUUUUAUGUAAAUCAAAUCCUGUUCUUCCAAACCUUCCCCAAAAAUGUCUUUGUUAGAGUAGUUGGAUGUUUUUUAUUUGUUGUUUGUUUCAUUAAGGAUCUCCCUCCCUCUGUUCCUAUUAGACGGUGUCCGUUUGCAUGUGUGAAGAGCUGUUUGUCUUUGACUGGUGAAGUUUCUCCGGCUGCAGCUCAAAGCUGCUCCAAUGCAAUAUUAUUCACUCAGUUAAAUAUUAGGUACUCAGCCUGUGAGAAUGAAUGAUGAAGGCAAUCUCAUUAUGUAUUUCAAUUUGAGUGUACAAAUCGAUGGAAGAGUUAUGGUUAUUUAUUUUAAUACAUCUCACUGAAUGCAAUAUGGGGAAGAUGUUGAUUUGUGUUGAAGACAGGGAGUGGUGUGGUUAUCCCUGAUUAUUGCACUCAACCUUGGAAAUGUGUUUCCGUAAAUGACUGUUAAAAAUAAACUGCAAUGAAGAA